AUAUUACACACUCCAAGUGUGACAAAACGGCCUUCCACCUGCUUCCGUAACCGUAACAAACUCUUCUCCCAUCCUACAAAUCUCUCCGAUCAAUGCAAGAGGGAGGAGGACGCGACGAUGGUGAAUUCGUAUACGCCCAUCCGUUUCACCAUCCUCGUCUCCUUCUCCCUCGCUGCCGCCGCCUCUUCCUUCAAGCUCUCCGCCUCCCAUUCUCCUCCUCCCUCGCGUCCAAGAGCCACCGCCGACGACCUCCUCGCCGUUCUAGGACAGCCCUCCGCCGCCGCGUGCACCGUCACACCCACCGUCUCUCGAGAACUCCGCUCGCGUCUCAGGUUCCUCGUCCCCUUCCAGCCGCGCAAACCCAAACCCGAUUCCGGACGGUGCCCGGGGAAAAUCAACACCGUCGAGGAUGAGAAUUCUCUCGUGUGGUGGCCACCGGAGGCGGUUCUCGAGCUCGCUCGUCUUGCUGUCGACUCGGGAGGUGACCCCGGUUCGAUUCACCGAGCUCUCGAUCCCGCAAUCAUCCCGGUUCCGAGAACAAACGAGUGUCAUCUCACAAGGACUCCUUACGGCCGUCACUUCAUAGCUCAAGAAGUGAACUUGUAUUUCGAGUUCUUGUUUCGUCUAAUUGAAUCCAGGGGACCGAGUGUUGGGCUCAAUGUUUCGUUGAGUCGAUAUGAUUUGUUCCAUGGCCACCUGUUCCUUGCUCCAGACUCUGGACGACUUGGAAUAUUGUUUCAUGCUAAAGAGUAUCCAGCUUAUGACGAGAGUGUGUUUCCUUACAACAUGGGAUAUUGUCAGAGAGGAUCCGAUGUGAAGUACGGUGAUUCAAUUAACUUAAGAAACAUCCUUUGGCUUGCACCAUUACCCAGCAAAUCUGGUCCAGGUUGGCUUGCUCCAGGUGUACUUGUGGUGCUUGAUGCGCAUCCAGAUGGAAUCAUAUACCGAGAUCUCAUCCCUAGCUAUGUUAAGUUUGUAAGAACUAUCUACGAAGAUGAUUUGGGAACUAGUGCUGUUGAUGUCAAUUACUUGAAUGUGGGAGGAGCUGAGGAACCUGAUUAUCAGCUUUUCAUUUGCUGACCCCAUUCGCACACAUUCUACAGUCUGUAUAUGCUUGAAACUGUGCUCAAGAUGUUGGAUGUUCAAGAACGUCGAGUUGCAUGCUAAUUUUGAGCAGUUUGUGAAGUAAUUUGGGCUGCAAAAUAGUUUAUGACACUCUCUCAGGUUACUGUAUCAAGUGAAAUUACUGAUGUUAUAAGCUUUAACUGGAGAGGUUUGGAAUGAUGGAUUUGGCUUUGAUUCACACAUUUGUUUUGGCUAUACAAA